AUGCUCGCGAAAAAAGAACUCGAGGAAGAGCGGAGACAAUUGGAAGAUUUGAAAAUCGAUAAGAAAGAUGCUCCAACUCAAGAUGUUCGGGAAUUCGAGCAUUCGUCAGCUAUAACACAGGUUUAUUAUACUUGCGAAUUGUUGGGUGAAGAUGUUGUGAAGCCGAAAGUUGAGUUGAUGAAAGAUUUGGAGCAAUUUCUUGGGGAACAAGUUGAAAGCGCUGAUGAAGAUGGGGAUAAGAUUAUUGCGGCUGUUCUUAUGCUUUAUUCAUUGAAUAAACAACAACAAAGAGAUGUGAGUUUUUGAAAAUGUGGCAAAUUUAACAAAGCUUGUCGAAUUCAAGAAAAUCAUUCCCUUUUAAAAAUUCAGUUAUCUAAAAAAAACCUCAAAAAAUUUCCAGACAGCAAUCGAAACAAUUUGUAAAUAUGUGCAGAAUAUUUUGGAGCAUCCUGGAGAGGAAAAAUAUCGUCAAAUCCGCCUCACUAACAAGGCAUUUCAAGAGCGUGUUGCCAGCGCUAUUGGUGGCCGAAAAUUCUUAGAAAGUGUAGGAUUCACUGAAAAAUCCGAAGAAUUUUUGGUUUUCGAUAGACAAUCGGAUGUUCAUCUUGUAGAAGCUUUGGAAAACUUGAGAAAUGGUCAAAGUGUUCCUAUAAAAGUUGCAAGAAAUUUGGAGAUAUUUGCGAUGAAAGAAGGGCAAAAAUUGGUUUCUCCUAAACUAGCUGACGAGUUUUUCAAUUUAUCAGCUGAUGAAUUGAAAGCAGAACAAAGAUCGAGAGAACAUCAAGUUGAUAGAAUGUUAACAUUGCGAACAAAAGAAAUGCGACAAAAAGAUGAUCAAUUACGCAAUUAUAAAUAUAAAUACACUUUGAUUCGAAUUCGAGUUCCUGGAAAUAUGAUAAUCCAAGGAGUUUUCAGUUGCUACGAGGCUUUUUCAGCUGUCAGAAGUUUUGUGAGUUCAGUUUUAUCUGAAGAAAUUAUCGAAUUCGCCCUUCGAGAUGCUGCAAAUCAACAAGUUGAUGAGGAAACUUUGACUUUGGCACAACUUGGUUUGGCACCUGCUGCAGUUCUUCAUUUGGUUAUAAAUGGCGAGAAUUUUGAGACGAUUAUUUCUGAUGAAUAUGUUGGAAUUGUUCAGCAAUUAGAUUAA